GCACGUCGUGUAGGCGGGGGAACAGGUUAUGCAAGAGGAAUUAGACGUCGUCUACAGGUGUGUACGUAGAUCGACAUAUUUCCACUACCGAAGUGUGGACUCGCCGUGACAUUUCCACCUUUAAUAAACGUGGAUGAAGGGACUUUUUCAGAGUAAUUAACCCGCCUGAGUCGUGGCAGUAUAAAUGUUUAGUCAUAUGUUUCGGAUAUGGCCUCUUCUUCUCCUGGGAGGACUCGCGGUGCCAGGGGUACGACAUGUCAGCGGGAUAGAUAUUCACACUCCAACAGAGGUGGAGGCAGUCAAUGGGACGGAUGUGAAACUGAAGUGUACCUUCAAGACCAGUCACCCAGUGACGCCUCAGUCCGUCAUAGUAAUCUGGAACUUCAGACCCAUUGAUUCAGAAAAGGUGGAAUCUGUGUUUUACUACCAGGAGGAACCAUACCCUCCAAAAGAAGGGCGUUUUAAAGGCCAUGCAGUGUGGUCGGGAGAUAUUAUGAGGAAUGAUGCUUCCAUCACACUGCAACAGGUGCCUCCUACCUUUAAUGGUAGCUUCAUCUGCCAGGUCAACAAUCGUCCAGAUGUGCAUGGCAGUAAUGGAGAGAUCGUCUUCCGAGUCGUCAACAAAGCAUCCUUCUCUGAGAUCAGCAUCCUGGCUAUCGCAGUUGGAGUCGCCUGUGGCGCAAUCCUGAUCAUCCUUGGCAUAGUCAUGGCAGUGAAAUUCUGGUGGAAAAGAUCAAUGGAAAAUGACAUAGAGCUGCACCUACGGGAACAUGAACGGAAGGACCCGACUGUGUGUUCACCUGAAGAGGCAGUUCAUCUGAAAGUUGUGAUGAAGGAAAAAGAAGUUGAUAGCUCAGAUGGCGAGGAGUCUGAGCCCAGCAGUGGAGAUGAUGAGGAGGAAGAAGGCCUUGAAGAGGAUGACGAUGAUGACGACGACGAUGAUCUUGGUGAUGACGAUGAUGAUUAAAUAUUCAUGGAUGAAAUGUUCAGAUGACAUCAUUUAUGAGGCAGAGAUAUAACCAGAGAUAUUGUCUUUUUUAUACAUUCCACCCUUUGUCAAAAUCUUGUGCCUACAUUACCUAGACUCCAGCUUGGCCACUGACAGGUCAACUCAGUGAAUCGGAUGUAAAUAGCAGCCACUGUAGCAACAGACUGCUAGCCUCAAGUAAACUGGAAAACAUUCUUCACACAUUUUUGUUCAUGACCAAACUUUCAGCACCACAUGAGGCAACUGUCAUAUUAUACACAGCUCACUAUGGAGCAACAAAUGUCUUUAAUUUCUUUUUUACAUACCCUGGUACUCCCCAACUCCUGUAAAUACACUUUGAUGUGUAAAGUCUAGAUCCAGUGAAGCUACCGUCUGAUGUCUGAGUAUUUUAUUGAUGCAGAUUGAUGGCUAAGAGUCUUUGUUGUGUUGUACAUAAAUGCUGUGUUUGACCAGAUUUCAAAUCAAGACCUGGUACUUUGUACAUGCAUGAAAUGUCAUGCUGAAUAAAUGGACUGUAGAUUAGAAGAGCAGGUCCUAUUUAAUUUGGUGAAUUUCUAGCACCUCCCCAUAACCAUUUAGUUCUGUCUUUCUAUGCCGUUGCCCAUUCAUCUGCUAAAAACUUAAACUGGAAAUAGACAAAACUAAAGUUUGGAAGUAAUGUAUUUUAACUGUGUUUGAUGUGUCCUUACAGAGGUAUUUAGAUGCUACUGGAAACAGUCUCACAGUUUGUGCUCUCAUUUAGCUCCUAAAAAGUUUACCAUUAGCUUUCUGGAUGGUAGACGGAAGCAUUGUGUUUACUACACUGCAAACAUUGCACAAGUGAUUUUGUAUUCAGAUGUUGUAUAUAGCAUAAACUACACAUUUUUUUAUGCUUUUUUGAUUAAACCCCGAUCUGCAGAGUACGGUAACUUUGGAAUAAAAAAAUGCUUUUUGAAAUCA